AUGAACGAAAGUGAACUUCGAAGUGAAGAUUCUCUACAAUCAGUUAAAUAUUUAGGUAAAACACCAUCACCCUAUUCACAUGGAGUAGGCAUAGCGAUUGAACCUGCAAAAACUCUAUGGAAACGAACCAACAAAGGUUCACAGUAUAAUCGUUGUGCUAUAUCAAUAGAUCGAUUUGGUUUAUGUAUAUAUGAAGAAAUAGCGAAUGGAACAUAUAAAAUAGCUUGGACCGAUGCCAUUGAAAAUAUAUCCUAUUGUGUUGCUGAACCUUUACAUCGUCGUCUAUUCGCAUGGAUUUCUCGUUCACCAAUUUCUACUCAACUUGAGUGUCAUGUUGUACUUUGUAGAACAAGUAAACAAUCACGAUUACUUACUGAAUUAUUAGCACGAGUAUUCUAUGAAUCUUAUCGCUCUGUACAAAAACGACCAGUUGAUUUAACACCAAAUCUAUCAACACGUUGUUCGGUAUGUGAUACUAUAGUGCGACAACAGCAAUUAAAUAAUAACUCUUUUUCAUAUCGAAAUCAUCCCGAUCAACGAUCGUUUAAUAAUUUUGAAGACAGACAACAAAUUGAUAAUUAUGAACAGAAUGAACUUAAUGGACCUAUGGUAGCUCGAGCCGUUGUAAGAAAUUAUGAAGAUGCUUCAAUACAUAGUAGUAGUCGUCAAAGUUUUGAUUACGAUUCAAUAUUAUCCGAUAAAAGAUCAAUUAAACCAUCGGAAUAUUAUCGAAGAUAG